GGCUUUGCUGUACUUCCCGUUUCCUUGACGGCUGAUACACACAGAGUAAGAGAGGAAAUGAGUUGCAGUGCAGGAAACAGUAUGUUCUAACAGCAACUUUUAAAACGCUGUUAUCCAAUGCCUCUGGAUAUCUGACACCUCUGAAUGUGUCUAGGACGGGACUUUUGUUUAUCUGUGGUAACCGGACAAAAGAGAUGUAUCCCUUCCAAGUGACAUAUAUCCUGGCUUUAAUCCUCUUCGCUGUUAAAGGCCAGCACGUGACCGGCUGUGAUGUUUACCCUAAAGAUCCAUACAUUGAGGUGGGAUCGAACACCGAGGUAUUUUGCAAGAGGUGUGUACCAGGCAAAGUCUACUGGACCCAGGACAAGGAGCGCAUCGACGAGAGUCUGUCAAACACCAUCAACAACUACACACACGCCGUCCUGUCACUGACCAACUUCACACAACACAGUGCUGUGCUGGAGUGCCACAGUGCUAAUAUACACCAAGUCCUGGGCGGCACCAUCAUCAAAACCUACACAAAACCCAGCAAAAUAUCUUGCAUGUUGCAUUAUGAUAAUCAAGAAAAUGAAGGUUUACCACAACUGUUCACGUGCAAAUGGGAGCAUCAGCAUCGUACAACAAACUACACUCUAUUUUUCUCCUCGCCAAGCGAUUCCUGGAAUAAGAGCAUCUCGAAUGUAAACACAUGCACCUCCCCAGUAGAUAAUAUAAUAAUGUUCGAGAACUUCACUGUUACUGUGAGAGCUAAAACUGAUGCUUGGGAAGCGUACUCCGACCCUUACGUAUUUGAUCCCUUUAAGAUAUUGAAAAUUGUUCGUCCGAAGAUAAAGGUAUCUGUCGAGUCCAAUAAUCUGAAGAUUGAGUGGGACCGGUCUGAAGCCAAGUCAACAGGAGAAAUAAAGUGUCAAGACAAAUACACAGAGACUGUCGGUAACAAAACCCCAAACGUGUCCGAUAUCACUUUAAAGUCCAGAGAAGAUGGGUUAGUGUCGAGGAAGGUAGAACCCUGCAGAAACUACAAGGUUUCAGUGCGCUGUGCUUUGGAGAGCGCCCCCUGGAGCGAAUGGAGCCUGGAGAAGACGGUUCUUACUAAAUUCAAUAAGAGUGAUGUCAAGCUGCACCUGUGGAGGACAGUAACCAGACCGGAUACAAAUGGAAUCAGAAAGGUUCACGCCAUGUGGACGCCGAUUCCUGCAACAUGUGAGGGCACAUUUAUCUACAAAAUCCAACAGAUUCCGUACAAGCAACACACAACUGGGCUCAAUUACACAGAAACUUUAUGCAGCAAUUCGACUUGUGAUGUCUAUGUGAAUGAAGAGGAGCACAGAGUGGAUCUCACCGUGUUCCAUAAUGAAUCUCUGCUCGCAAAGGACUCUGUUUACGUUCCAGCCGCUGCAGGGAGCCUCCCUCAAGUGACUGAAAUCCAGACUUCAGCCGCAGGAGGCGUUGUCCUGGUCAGCUGGACGGCUCCUGUGCAGCCCGUCAGAGGCUACAUGAUCGACUGGACCCUCGAUGGAAAUCAAUAUUACUGGAAUGAGACCACAUCCACCAGCACGUCGCUGUUUGACCUCCUGGAUAAGAAGCAAUACAACAUCACAGUUACUCCCCUCUUUGAUGACCAGACGGGUCGUGGCUCACAAGCCGAUCAGAUCUGCUCUCGAAUAGGAGAUCCAGAUAACAUCACUGCCAGUGUUCGAGCUAACCACAAUAGUGCCAGUGUGAGCUGGGUCACACAGUCGCCGGAGGAAUGCAGUGGUGCUGUAAUCUAUUACAGGGUCUUCUACAGAACUCAGGAAGGACCGAUGCACAAUGUAACUGUUGAUAGCAAAAAGCGGGACGUAUUUCUAAAAGACCUGAAACCAGACACCCAAUAUAGCAUCUACAUCCAGGCCACGGCUUCCACUGGAGCUUCUAACAGCAGCCAGAGUUUCUUCAAAACCAAAACAUCUGAUCCGAGACUGAUAACUGUGCUCAGUGUCUGUGGAAGCAUAAUCAUAGUUAUUGUGAUAUCUCUUGGAUUGUGCUGCGCUAUUCGAUGUAAGAAAUUCAGGGAGAAGCCGGUGCCGGAUCCAGGCCUCAGCUCCCUGGCGGAGUGGCUGUUACCAGAUCAUCCAAAGGGAAUGUGCCUCUUCCAUCCUUUCAGUAAUCCAUCUGAAAGCUUCUGCGAUAGGGUUUACACAGAGCAAAUGCAGAAAACACCCGACAGUCCAUCAGCUACAGGCUAUUACCCAGAAAGUGACGAGGCUGAGGAAUACAACGUUUCCACCCCGUCUCUUACAUCGAAACAACAGAAUGAAAAACCAGAUGAACACGUUGAGACCCAUCCGUGCUCGUCUGGAGAAGCCACAGAGCUACUGUCGCCAGGGAACCAACUUCUCGGCCCAUACCGAAGUCAGAGGUCUGUGGAAACACCUGAUCUGGGGACGGGUAAACAAAGCAAGGGUGUUCCAGUAAAACAGUCAGAAACGAAAGGACCGAUGACUGUUUACGUCAGUUUGAGCAUGUUGAAAGAGGGGCCGGUGUUAGAAACAGAAUCAAACUCCAAUAUCCUGGAAUACAUCAGACCUGAAUAAAGAUUUCCUGAUUCAUUUUUCCACACUAGUUUAUUGCUUGGCAACUUGUGUCCAAAGAUAGUAUGUGUGUACAGGCUUUAUGAAAUCCAGCUUAACAUUACAUUACAUUACAUUUAAUUUAGCUGACGCUUUUAUCCAAAGUGACUUACAAUAAGUACAUAAAACCCCAAGGGUACAGACUCAGGACAACAAGAAUCAAGAAAGUACAAUUUCUUCAAAAUAAAGCGAAACUACAAAGUGCUAUAAGUAAGUGCCAUCAAAGUGCUACUUAAGUGUUGGUUUCAAAUUAUUAUUAUUUUUUUUUUUAUCUAUUCAAGGUAUAGUCGGAAGAGAUGUGUUUUUAGUUUUCGGUGGAAGAUGUACAAACUUUCUGAUGUAAGGAUGUCGAUGGGGAGGUCAUUCCACCAUUAAAGAGCCAGGACGGCAAACAGUCGUGAUUUUGAUGAGUGUUUAGCUCGCAGUGAGGGAGGAACGAGCUGAUUGGCCGAAGCAGAGCGGAGUGAACGUGCUGGGCUGUAACAUUUGAUCAUGUCCUGGAUGUAGACUGGACCUGAUCCGUUCACAGCAUAGUAGGCAAGUACUAAUGUUUUGAACCUGAUGCGGGCAGCCACUGGUAGCCAGUGAAUGGAGCGGAGGAGCGGAGUGUGAGUGAAUUUAGGUUGGUUAAAAACCAGUCGAGCUGCUGCAUUCUGGAUGAGCUGCAAAGGUCGGAUGGCAGGUAGACCUGCCAGGAGGGAGUUACAGUAAUCUAGGCGUGGGAUGACAAGAGCCUGGACCAGAACCUGCACUGCUUUCUGAGUGAGAAGGGGGCAUAUUCUCCUGAUGUUGUACAUAAUGAAUCUACAGGACCUUGUUGUUGCAGUAAUGUUGGCAGUAAGGGAGAGUUGGCUAUCGAGUGUCACACCCAGGUUCCUAGCAGUCUGAGUGGGGAUUAACACAGAGUUGUCAAAGUUAAUAGUAAUUUCGUGGGCUGGCGAGUCUGGAAUGAAAAGUAGUUCAGUCUUGUCAAGGUUGAUUUUUAGAUGGCGUGCAGACAUCCACUGAGAGAUGUCAGACAGACAGGCAGAGAUGCGUGCUGCCACCUGUGUUUCAGAUCGGGGAAGAGAGAGUUGGGUGUCAUUAGCAUAGCUAUGGUAGGAAAAGCCAUGUGAGUGAAUGACAGAGCCGAGAGAGUUGGUGUACAGAGAGAAGAGAAGAGGAGAGGACCCAGGACAGAACCUUGAGGGACCCCCAUAGUGAGAGGACAAGGUUCAGACACAGAUCCUCUCCAAGUUACCCGAUAAAUGCGGCUGUUGAGGUAGGAAGAGAGCAGGGAGAGAGCAGAGCAUGAGACACCCAGGUUCUGAAGGGAGGAAAUCAGGAUCUGGUGGUUCACUGUAUCAAAUGCAGCAGAGAGAUCUAGAAGGAUAAGGACAGAGGAGAGAGAAGCUGCUCUAGCAGUGUGUAGUUGCUCAGAGACAGCUUAAGUAUUUACGUGAAUAUUGUGACAACUGUAUAUGCCUUUAGUAGCAGUUUUUCAUUUGAACAAAAUCUAUGUGGACUGAACAUUAUGCACUGUAAAACAUAUUCCUUUUUGUAUUAUUAUACAGUUUGAGAUGUUUAUUUGUUGGUUUUUACUGAAUAAUCACACUGGUGCCCACAGCAUUGGGUUGUAUAGUACAGAGGUUGCGUACAGUUGUACAGUUUAUAUUAAAGGGAAUUAUACCCUCCACCUUUUUUUCCCCCAGUGAGCAAAUGUAAAUAGAGUAACUGAUAUUUUGUUGUUAACCCCAUAAUAUAAGCUAUGUGUUGUAAUAAAAAUAAGAUUU